AUGGCGAAACAACUGCAUUUUACGGGCCCUGCAGAACUGAAUCAGAUCCCACAGGGAUCAGCGGAAGUUCAUGAUUUGCUGAGCGACUACGAACUCAAGUACUGUUUUGUGGACAAGUACAAGGGAACCGCCUUCGUCACCUUGCUGAACGGGGAGCAGGCGGAGUCGGCCAUCCAGGAGUUCCACCUGAGCCGGCUGCGAGACAAGGAGAUCACGGUGCAGCUGCAGCCGACGGACGCCCUCCUCUGCAUCGCCAACCUCCCCCAGCUCUACACGCAGCAGCAGUUCGAGGACCUGGUGCGGCCCUUCGGGAACCUGGAGCGCUGCUUCCUGGUCUACAGCGAGAGCACGGGGCACUCCAAGGGGUACGGCUUCGUGGAGUACAUGAAGAAGGAUUCGGCCGCCCGGGCCAAGUCCGACCUGCUGGGCAGACAGCUGGGGACGCGGACGCUCUACGUCCACUGGACGGACGUCAGCCAGCUGACCUCGGAGCUCCUCCACUCCAAGUGCCUGUGCGUGGACAAGCUGCCCCACAGCUACGGCGACGUCGACGAGCUGAGGCGGGCCUUCUCGACCGUCUGCCCCCCGGCAUUCUGUCAGCUGGCUUGCGGUCAGGACGGGCAGCUGAAGGGCUUUGCCGUCCUGGAAUAUGAAUCGGCGGAGAUAGCGGAGAUGGUGCAGCAGGCUACCAACGGCAUGCUCCUGGCCGGAAACCACAUCAGAGUCUCCUUUUGCGCUCCAGGCCCCCCCGGGCGAAGCAUGCUGGCCGCCCUGAUAGCCGCCCAGGCAACGGCCCUAAAUCGGGGGAAAGGGCUCCUCCCCGAGCCGAACCUGUUUCAGAUUUUGAGCAGCCUGGGGAACUCGACCUCCAUCCAGCUCCUGCUCAGCCCCCUUCUUCACGGAGCCAUGGGAGGAAAACAAGGGAUCCUGGGAGCUCAUCCGUCGGUGCCUCUCCUCGCCAACCCGGCCCUCUCCACGGCUCUCCUUCAGCUGGCGCUCCAGAACCAGACCCAAGCACAGCAG